GUCCCACAAACACUCAAAACUUUUUAGUCCGCCUUUCCUCGCACAUGUGGUGCCGUCACGCCGACGCCGUGCGGCCUGUCACUUCAUUCCGAGGAGAGAGAGGAAGGAAGUUGUGCCUUGGGAGUUAUUACUGUGGAGAUAAAAAGAAAAUACUGUUAAUCAUGCUGAACACUAGGAAACUGUCUUGGCUAAACCAUCUGGGACACCACCAUCCAUGGGUCUUUUAUCAAGUGAGACUACCUCUUUCCUACUGCAAGCUGAACUACAUCAUACAGAGAUACAAGUCCUCAAAAGUUGUUAAGUCUAUCCAGCAAGCAAAAAAGAUUGCUAUAGUUAAGCCUAUGACAAAGAAUGUUGACAAGGUAAUAAAUAAAGUAGUUAAGAAACCUCAGAAAGAUUAUAACUUAAGCAGAAUACUAAGGAAAAAUUCAUCAGUUCAAGUAGAGAAAAAGUUUCCAGAGUCACCUAUUGAAACAGAAACACAAACUGCCUUCAAACAAGAAAAUGAUAUUGUUCCAAAGAUAGAAAUUACCUCAGUGAAUGAAGUUAUAGAGAAAGUUAUAGGAAAAUUAUACCAUAAAAGCCAUGGACUUUCAAGUUCCCAAGAAACUGCUAGUAGCUUUGAUAAGUACACAGGGAAGGUAGAUCAUGGAAUUGAGAAAGCACACAAAGUAAAAGUUAUUAAGAAUAACAAGGUGGAUAAUGACAAAAUAAUGGGUGCCAGUAAAAAAAAGAUUUUUUUCUUUGAUAAGAAGAUAAAUAUUGAGCAAGAUGACUCAUUGGAUUAUGAUAAAUAUCAUCAUGAAGGAAAUCAUAUUUCCAAAAACACAAAUGGCUCACUAUCAGAUGAAGAAGUUAGGCUUUCAGUGCUUAAACAAGAUGCGCAUGCUUCUUCAGGAAACAAUAUGGACAUAAAUAUUAAUCAUGAUAAGACAGAGGCAUUGCAGAACAUUCGGAGAAAUGCUCUUGGUAUUCAAAUGUUGCCCAAAGGCAUCUUUGAUCAGUUAUUUGAAGAAGUUUCUGAAAAGGACAGUCAGAAGGCUGAAGAUCUUGAUGGAGCCAAGGAACAUUUACAAGCUCAUGGACUGUGGGAUAAAACCACCUCCUUCAUGGCUGAGGUGGAUUUCAAAUUGCCAAAGUUAGAAAGUAAAGAUUUAGACCAACACUUCCGUGUCAUUGCCGAGGAUCAGUGUUUCCAUUACAAAGAGUUGCUUAAAAAGUUAAUAGGAGAAGAUCUUCCAAGCCCUCCAAGCCAAUGGGAAUUCACCCCAGGAUGGACACGCUAUAAUGUGGAUGGAAGUUGCUCCCCAGUUGAUUAUCCAGAAUGCUCUGCAAUAGUUUUUGAUGUAGAGGUUUGCAUUAAAGAAGGCAGUCAUCCUACACUAGCCACAGCUGUUUCAAGCAAAUAUUGGUACUCAUGGUGUUCUGAAGUUUUGACAAGCACAGUUCAACCCAUUGAUAGAAAUGAGAUUAGUAUGAAAGUACUGAUUCCUCUUGAAAGUUCCAAAGAAGUCACACUCACAGAUGCACACUUACCAAAGUCACCUCGGCUUGUUGUGGGCCAUAAUGUCAGUUAUGACCGCCUUCGAGUCCGUGAGCAAUACCUAUUGAAAGAAACUGGUCUACGUUUUGUGGAUACCAUGUCUCUUCAUAUUGCUGUGAGUGGCUUAGUUUCAGAACAGCGUGCUUUACUAAUGAAAAAUAAAAAUGAACCAAAAAUAAGAUUGCCAUGGAUGUCUGUUGGUUGUCAAAACAGUCUUAAUGAUGUUUAUAAGUUUUACUGUCGCCCUGAAAAGAGCCUUGAGAAAAGUACCAGAGAUGUUUUUGUUGAUGGUAGCUUGAAUGACAUAAGGGAAGACUUUCAGAACUUGAUGGCUUAUUGUGCUAGUGAUGUGAGUGCAACUCAUCAAGUUUUGGUCAAACUGUUACCACUAUUUUUUGAACGUUUUCCUCAUCCAGUAACAUUUUCUGGAAUGUUGGAGAUGGGACUUACUUUUCUCCCUGUUACAAAGAACUGGGAAAGAUAUAUAGAAUCUUCAGAAUAUCAGUACAAACAGGUUGAAAGGAUGCUAAAUGAGGAACUUGUGAAGCAAGUUCAGGCAAGUCUAAGUUAUUUGAAAGGAGAAGAAUAUAAGAAUGACCCUUGGCUAUGGAGCCUUGAUUGGUCCCAACCAAAAGCUAAGGUGAAAAAACUGCCGGGUUAUCCAAAUUGGUAUAGAAAGUUGUGUGCCCGAACUGGGGAGAGAGAGGGCACUCCAGAGCCUGAAAAUAUGAGCACUAGUUUGCAGAUUGUUCCAAAAAUAUUGAAGUUAACCUGGGAUGGAUUUCCAUUGCAUUAUGAAAGGAAAUUUGGUUGGGGUUACUUGAAACCCAAUUAUCAGUCCUUUAAGGAUAUACCUCAUUUUGAAUGGGAUUCUUAUCCUCUUGAUGCGAAUGAUGGACCUGUAUUUCCUGUAAAAGUUUUCUAUGAUGUAUUUGGUGUAAAGACUCAAGAUUUGAAUGUAUCAGAAGUGACUGUAUGUGAUGAAAGUACAGAUGAUUGGGCACAGUAUUAUGAUGAACUGAAUUGUGUAAGGGAAGAUUCAAGGAAAAGGAAAAGAGGCAAAACUGAUGAAGAUGAGAACUUAAAGAACAUAGGCAUUCCUGGAGUAGGAUUUAUCCCUCUUCCCCACAAGGAUGGUGCAGGGUGUCGUGUUGGCAACCCUCUAGCCAAGGACUUCCUCAGCAAGAUAGAAGAUAAUACAUUAACUAGUCACGUGGGAGAUGUGGCAAAACUUGUAUUAGAGACCAGCAAAUCAUUAUCAUAUUGGAAGAACAACAGAGAUCGUAUACUUUCUCAAAUGGUAGUUUGGAGCAAUCACUCAUCUCUUCCUCAUGCAGUCACUUCUUCUGAUGGCUAUACAAGAGACAGCAAGUAUGGAGUGAUAUUGCCUAUGGUAAUCAGUGCUGGAACCAUCACCAGGAGGGCAGUAGAGCGCACCUGGAUGACUGCUUCAAAUGCUUACUCAGAUCGAAUUGGAUCAGAACUUAAGGCCAUGGUUGAGGCUCCCCCUGGGUACAAAUUUGUUGGUGCUGAUGUAGACUCUCAGGAACUCUGGAUUGCAGCUCUGCUCGGAGAUGCUUAUUUCACAGGAGAGCAUGGUGCUACUGCUCUAGGCUGGAUGACACUGCAAGGAAAGAAAAGUGAUGGAACAGACAUGCACAGCCACACUGCUCAGAGUGCUGGGAUAUCCCGAGAUCAUGCUAAGGUUAUUAAUUAUGGAAGAAUUUAUGGUGCUGGGUUGCGAUUCAUCCAGAGAUUGCUGAAGCAGUACAAUCCAAAAUUGACUGACACUGAAACUAGAAGGAAAGCAGAACACUUGUUUGCUGUUACCAAAGGAGAGAAGGGUUGGUACCUCAAUGAUGCCGGGGAGAAUCUUGCUUCUGAGUUGGGUUACCAUGUUACUGAAGAGCCCAUGCCCAGAAAAAAGAUUAUGAAGAUUUUACGAGAAGCAUAUGAAAACAAUUAUGAAGCCACAUUUUCCAACAUAGUGGAAAAGCCCCCUAUAUGGGUAGGGGGCUCAGAAUCUCACAUGUUCAACUGUCUGGAGGCUAUUGCUCGAUGUCCAGAACCUAAGACUCCAGUGCUGGGUGCUCGCAUAACACGGGCUCUUGAACCACAAUAUGUUGAUGACCAGUUCAUGACAAGCAGAGUGAACUGGGUUGUACAGAGUUCAGCGGUGGAUUACCUGCACAUCAUGCUGGUGUGUAUGCAAUGGUUGUUCACAAAGUAUCACAUCUCGGGUCGUUUUUGCAUCAGUAUUCAUGAUGAGGUACGAUACUUGGUAGCUGAAGGAGACUGUUACAGAGCAGCCCUAGCUCUCCAGAUCACCAACCUUCUUACACGGGCAUACUUUGCCACAAGACUGGGAUUCAAAGACUUACCACUAUCAGUUGCUUUCUUUAGUGGUGUAGACAUUGACCAAGUGUUAAGGAAAGAACCCCACCUGGACUGUGUUACCCCAUCCAACCCUCAAGGUUUAAUUAAAGGUUACAACAUAAAACCAGGGACCACUUUGGAUAUGAAUGCAAUAAUGGAUAAGACAAAUGGGGAAUUGGCAAAACUUGACUUUGAAUGCUAUGAAGAAAUUAUUAAGACUGAAUAGUUGAGGUAUGUACAGUUCAUUAAUUUUUUAUUCUGAUAUUCCAAUACAAGACAUAUAUACAAGUAGAAUCUAUAAUCCAUAUAUCAAGCUAGUUAUUUAUCUACCUAUCCUCUCCCCUCAUCUGUUCAACAAUUCAUCUAUCCAGCCAGUGAAUCCAAUCAUUCAUCCAAACAUACAUCCAUCUACUCAAACGUCCAUCCAUUCAUACAUAUGAAAGAAUAGAAUGUAUGAACAGGAAAAAAAAUGCAAGUUUUUUCUUAUAGGCAUUGACUUGAAGGAAUACCAAGAAACAGGCAUCAGAGUUGUUUACAUUAGAUUUAAUUAAUGUUCAAAUUAGGGUUAGAAGAUACAUUACCUGCUGGUAACAUCUUACUGCAUACUUACUAGUCAUGGGCAAUGCUGGUCAAUAUUGUUUUCACCAUUACCUGAUAGUUGUUUUGCAUGCUUACUGAUAACUAACAUAAUACUGGAAUUUCAGUAAUUACUGUAUACAUAACAAGCUUAUUUUGGGCGGCAUUCAAACUAAAUAAAAUAGUGAUAAUGAAAAAAUUCUAACUCCUCUAUUAGUGAGUUUAUAGAUUAAAAAGAAAAAAAUAUAUAUAUAUAUAUAUAUAUAUAUAGACUAAGAAGAAAAGAAAAUGUGUGUUUCCAUAAAGUUUGGGGUUUCCAGCUCAGCCAUACACGAUAAAAAAUUGCUAAUGUUUCCCUUACUUUAUAAAGGGUGAACAAAAUAUGCAUUAGCUAAUGGACUUGGUGCACUUUUUUUGCACUUGGCACCUCCAGCAUCAAAUGCUGAAUUGUUCAUACAUGAAUGGUUCAGCCUGCAUUGCAUCAAAAUAGUGAAAAUGCAACACAAUUCCAACAGAGCAAACAGUAUAGUACAGCCAGUAUCUAGGAAAAGAUAGUCAUUAUCAUGAACAUUAAGCUACCAAUGAUGAAUUUUCCUUCAUCUUAGAAAGUGUCUAAUAGAUAAUUGAAAUGUUAAGCAUUGUUUCCUUAAUUAAAAAGGAAAAAAUAUCUUGCAUUUUCAAAUAUAAGUUACAGUAUUGCCACCAUAAUACCAGCCAGACUAUACCACUCUGCAAACACACAACAAUCUUGAUUACCAUACUAUUAUCAACUUUUCAUGUUUUGUGUCUUUCUUUACUCUUCUUUUCAUGUUGUUUGCAUCACUCUUUUUAUAGAGGCUGUGAUAGUAUGAAGCAUACACCUAAGCAACGGAGACUUAAAGGACAUACAUGUGGUGGUGGUAAGAUUUGAACACAAUUUAUAGCACAAAAGCAAUGCACAAUACCAUAUUUAUCUAGAGACAACUAAAGAAGUGAGCAAAGGUAGUGAUGAUAGUGAGCAGCUACUUUAGUUUCUUUUUGUUUGUCCUAUAUGGGCUGUGAAACAUUUAAUCAAACCUUGUUUCCAACACUUUUAUGCCAUCUGUUCCUGGUAUCAUUGUCUAACUAUAGCAAUAUAUUUUCUCAAGCUGCACUUCCCAAACUUUUCACAUAAUUCAUUUUUUCUUUUUUUUUCCACAAUCUUUUAUACACAUUUGUGAGUAAAACUGAAUAAUAAUUAAUCAGUUCCAUGUUAAGAUAUGGCUCAAAUUCUCUUAGUAAUCCUGUAUUUAUUUUCAGUGUUAACCAUGACUAAUUAUUAAAAUGCUUUUCUUUUA